CGCAGGGUCAUCAAUAGAUCGAUGACCAAUUAGAAAGAGAUAAUUUCCUAUAUAUUUCGUAAUUACGCUCAGAGCCUCAAUUACGCUAAUAUCCUUUGUGAGCUCAAACAACACAAGGGAUAUUUUUAUUUUCAACUAGUUAUUCUGAAAGUAUCUAUUGUUGAAAACCUGUUUAAUAAGUGGGAUCUUGCAUUUACAAAUUCAAAUUGAUGAGCCGUUCUCCACUACUUGAUAGAUCCACGUCCUGGUCGGAUACUAAUUUGAUAAAACGUCGUCGUUAAUAUGGAGACGACUAUGACUCAUUAUCAGCUUUUAAAACGGAAAUGCGUGAAUUGUUUGAGACAUUUCAAAAGUUUGGUAUAUUAUAUAAAUGUUUGGAAGAUGGAAGACUGGAUAUUGGAAGACCAAGAAAUAGAAAAAUCUUUCGAAUUUCUAUCAGGACAACUAAAAGAUAUGCAAACAAAAAUUGAUGGUCUCGAAAACCAGCGCAAAGAAAUUUCCUCACAAAUUUUGCACAUCGAGGAGAAAUGUGAGUUUCUAGAGAAAAAUAGUAAGAAAACUUAUAAACAAAUCAAAUAUGUACCGCGGCCUGAAAUAGAAAUGAAAGAAAUGUUAUACAAAUAUGUGUCCAACCAUGCAAAAACACUGGACAUUACACUACAACCUGGUGAAUUGCGCGAUGUAUAUCGUUUGCCAAACAAAAAGGAACCGAAGAAGCCAACAAUUAUCGCCGAGCUGGAGCUGUCUGAUACCCUAAUCAAAAAUAAAAUUAUAAGUGCUGCAAGAAAGCUAAACAAAUACCGAAAACUUAAUGUCAACAGCCUCGGGAUAGCUAAUGAUACUUCUACUAUAUACCUUUCAGAGUACCUAACUUCAAAGGCUCGACGCUUACAUUUUCUCGUCCGAGAAUUUGCAAAAUCAAAAAACUUUCAGUUUUGUUGGACCUCUGGUGGAAAUGUCUACCUCAAGAAAAAAGAAGAAAGCGAGUCUAUUAUGGUCAAAAAUGUAGCACAGCUUAACACUAUACAAGCACAAACUUUAUAG